GAUCAUGGAGGACAACCAGACUACACCUCCUCCUGAACCCACAGAGGAACCAGCUGAGCAGCACAGGACCACACACAAUCUCACUGAGUCAGUAGACAUGGAGGAUGGGAAGCCUGAUCUGCUGGUAGUCAAAGAGGAGACAAUAGAAGAAGAACCAGAGAGCAUUGAUCUGCUGAGUGGACUAAAGAUGGGGGAGCAAGGUGGUUGGCUGGAGGCUAACAGAGGAGACUGGGAAGCCAUCUUGGAUUCCCAGACCGAGACGGGUGCAGCCAAGAGCCCAGUGGACAACGUCAUUGAGCAGGGCAGGACCAAAGGCGACAUAGUGGAGGUCAGUGGAUGGGACAGCGUCUUCAACUCUGGGCUGGGGAACAACACUGUUAACCAGAAACAGACAUUCGAACACAAACCAACAACCGAACUUAGUCUUCAUGACAACAGACUUGCUGAGACCAGAGCGAGGCGUAGAUUUGGUCUGCGGGGACGGACAGAUUUCCAAAUGCGGCAGAAGAGUACAGACACAGACUUGGCUAUCGAUGCUCCUUCCUGCUCCUAUAGUUGUGAUUCAGAGAGACUGAUGGCGCUUCAGGUUAACCCCCUAACAGGUGCUGCCUUCAGCCUGCCUUCUAUAGGAUCUAUCAACUGGAACAUGGACCCUGUGACAUCACAGACAGUCCCUGGCCUUCAUCCUCCUCACACUCUCCUAAUGUUAAACCAGACCCCAGACAAUGCCAGUGCCUCAACACUAAAAGGGUACACAAGCCCAUUGACAAAUGACAGUAGUAGUAAUUCUAUCAUCAGAUCUGGUGGCAAAGAGAAGCGCUUCCCGUGUUCGUUCUGUGGGAAAGCCUUCAGUUUCCCCAAACAGGUGGAGAUCCACCAGAGGAUGCACACAGGGGAGAAACCAUUCAGCUGUACUCAGUGUGAUAUGCGCUUUGCCCAGGCUGGUCACUUGAAGAGACACCAGAGGGUCCAUACAGGGGAGAAACCCUACAGCUGUCUCCAGUGUGAGCAGAGGUUCUCCCACCAGCACCAGCUGAAGAGGCACCUGAAGGUCCACACGGGCGAGAGGCCGUUCACCUGUACUCACUGUGGGAAGAGGUUUUCAGAGAGGAGCUACCUCAGGAUACACCAACAGAAAAUACACACAACCAGUGUAUAGUGACAUGUAAUGUUGUACUAGUUAGUUUGUAGUUAAUUCUAUUGGGUUUGGAUGUAUCGUAUGAUGCGGCAGAGUAGAUGAUAUGGUUGGUGUGAUGGUGUCUUUAAAAAUGCUUCACUGAUGAAGAGUGACAAACUUUGUCCCUAUAGGAUGAUACUGGUGAUACAUGUUUACUUGACAUAAAGUAGUGAAGCUUUGUGUGAUGUUUAACCUUUCCAAAGUAUUCUACAAUACAUUUUUUCAAAAUGAGGGAACCAUUUUUUCAGAAAAAGUACAGAGAAAAGUUAUUGUACUGGUCAUGUAUCGUUUUGUGCAAUAAAAUUACUGUACUUCAAA